CUGGCCAUUGUUUUAUGGCGCUGGAUGAAAGAAGACAACCCCGCAAGCCAAAGAUUAGCAGAACCAUGGUUGCCUUCCCCACUAUUCAAUAUUCGAGGCAUGUGUCCACACGGCAAGAAGUCAAGAAUCGUGGGGAUAGCGUUUUUCCGACACUAACGCAGUGCGCUGGCACGGUCCGCUCUGCUGGAUAGCACUGUGACGGGAUAUGCUGCGCCACAGCACAAGAUUCAGCAAACUUUGUGUUAUUGAUGUUCGGAUUGGACGCAUAGGAUGAUGGAGGAUGACAUUGACACGUGAUCCACGCUAGUUGGAGACGGGCUGUCAUGCAUACAUGAAGGACAGCGUGCAAAGAGAUAUUCCAUGAGGCUCACUCGAGCAUCGAGAGAAAUAAAGACUAGGAU